CGUUGGAAGAAUCAGGAUAAUAAUGAUAAUAACAACGAUAAUAAUAAUAACGAUAUAAUAACGAUAAUAAAGUCGUGAAAGGGUUAACAUUUGUAACGAUAUCAUAUUUUAUUACAGAAAAUUAUAGAAUAUUGUAUAACAGAAAAUAUAAACUUGUGAAAAAGUCAUAAACAUAUCAAAUUUUAUUUGUCCCGUAAAAGUGACGCACACAGAUCGUAGUGACAUUAAAUCAUUCUAUACCAAAUGAAAUGCGUAACAACGGAAAUUUCACAUCAAGUGUCAUGUAACGCAAGCCACUUUUUUUUAAAAUACUUUACAUGUAUCUUUUUAUACAACCAUAUAGUGAUUGGUGUGGAGAAUCGUAUCAUCUGCUCGCCACGCAUUUUUACAUACAUAUGUAUUACCGCAGAAUGAACCAAUGACACUGCCUAUUUAUUACAAUUUUAGACAUUAACUUGUAAGAAACUAUGACUAUGAGAGACGAUAUACGGCUGGAAGAAAACACUAAAUUGAACAAGCUCCUCGAGACUGCUUUUAUAGCGAAAAUGAACGUGUUAUCUUGCUGUUUCAAAAUUUGUCAACUUUGAAGCUUUGAAAUAUGCGAGUCUGUACACGAAUAAAUACAGCGAAUGCAGUACAUGAUAUAAAAAAGAGAAAAGAGAUAUUAGAAAGGACGCUGGCGUUUGAAAGGCAGAAGUGGCUGGCAAAAAAUAUGCGAAUACGUUGUUGGUAUCUAUACGUGAAUACGCAUGUCGCAUUUCUAGAACAAGAAUCGGAAACAUUUAAAUUAUCGGAAAGAGGUAAUUGUAUUUUACGACGAUAUCCAUGAAAAAUCUAAGACGUACGUUUUGGCUGGUUUACACAGGUUUGUUAGGUUGCUAUGCGAAUAUCGAUUCAAACCGCGCGUUCCAUCGAAAGAGGCAUAAACCGAGUUUUACCGAGAAUUCUCGAGAAGAGUCGCACGAUGCGGAAUCUAGUUUCUCGACAAGUGGGCCUUGUCAUGUACUGCAGGAUCGUAGACGACCACGAUGAAUCAAAAGACAAAGGACAAGAAAGAAACAAGAACAAUUCGAGAGGACAUGACACGACGAGGAAUCAAAGAAAAAACGGUGAGUGAAGAGUAGGAAGAGCGAUGAGAAAAUGGAAGAUGUAAGGAGGAUGAGAAAAAUUAAAGCUGGAAGGAAGACGUUAUCUUUAUCGUCGUCGUCGACGAGGACGAGGACAAGGACGAGGACGACGACGACGACGACAACGACGAUGACGAAAACGACGAAUACGACGACGAAGAGAGAAAAGUGACAGAUUCGAGGAUAAUUUAGCAGCGGAUGCAAGUAUUUACAAACGAUCUCGUUACGUUAUGCGAAACGAAGGAAGUAGAAUUACGAACGAUAUUCUAUCGAAAUGGUGCUCGGGGCAAAGCAAUACGUUGAUGAGACCGGAACGCAGAAAGUUUAGACGCGUGCAUGGACUUGAGCUUCCGUUGCAUCCUCAACAAGUGACCGGCUGGGUGGUGAUCUUAAUUAUUGUGGUAAAUACGUUCGCGGUACUGACGCCGCUUCUCGAACCGAAUUUACGUCCGGUUUUUUCGAUCGCGAUAGCUGCUAUCUUUUUUACGCAUAUUUGCUCUCAUUUGGCGGUACUUUUAUUGGACCCGGCGGACCCACGCGUCAGAUCUCAGCCAACGAACAAGGUUUUACCGGAAUUCGACCGAGAGAAACACUCGCACGUGAUCGAGGACGGUAGAUGUCAUCUUUGCAACAUAAACACCGAAAGCAAGAGGACGAAACAUUGUUCGAUUUGCAACAAAUGCAUCGUUCGAUUCGAUCAUCACUGCAAAUGGCUCAACAAUUGCAUCGGAGCUAGAAACUAUCGCGCUUUUCUAGUUUGUUUGAUUUCCGCUAUUCUAGCAAGCCUGUUCGUUACUGGUCUUUCCGUCAUCGAAUUGUCCUCCUCUUUAUUCUUCGAUCGACUCUCAAAUCUGACAAUGGAGAAUAACACAACCGAUCCCGUCAUUCCCUUUAUUGUUCCUGCCUCGGACACCACUCUUAUAAUUGCCAUUUCCGCCAUUGGAAUUCUCUCGGCGAUCGUAGCAAUACUUUUACUUCAUUUAUGCUUUUUUCACGGUUACAUCGCCUGUCUCGGAUUAACCACCUACGAAUACGUACGAAAAAAAAGGGAGAAGAAUUCUGUCGCUGCCGCCGUCGCGAUCGCUGCAGCCGCCACUGCUGCCGCGGCUGCGGCCGCUGCCGCUGCCUCCACCACCUCUACUUCCACAAACACCAGCAUCGCCGCCGCUACUACUACUACUACCGCCGCUACACUCACCAAUCAGCCAACAACAGUUACGGAUGACGCUUCCACGAUAACCGUGCAGCAAAUAGUUGCCGAGUCUACGAGUACAAGGAUGUCAUCAGUUUCAGUAAACACGUCCGAUCAACUCGCCACAGAUUCUGCUACAUCUGAGACGAAUAUUUGGGAAAAUGUAUUAAGUUCUCCACGAUACGUAGUUGCACCAAUGGUCGACGCAAGCGAAUUAGCCUGGAGGUUGUUAAGUCGUCGUCAUGGUGCCCACCUUUGUUACACGCCGAUGCUUCAUUCUUCCGUGUUCUGUCGAGAUCCGAAAUAUCGACGAGAGGCUCUUACCAGUACUGUCGAAGAUCGCCCAUUAAUCGUCCAGUUUUGUGGCAACGAUCCGAAUACGCUAUUAGAGGCAGCACUUUUGGCAGAACCGUACUGCGACGCAGUGGAUAUAAACAUUGGUUGUCCUCAAGCUAUCGCGAAACGUGGUCGUUAUGGUGCUUUCCUUCAAGACGAUUGGGACUUGCUUCGACGAAUCGUAAGUACUUUGAGCAAAAGUCUCCGUGUGCCAGUUACUUGUAAGCUUCGUGUAUUUGCGGAGAUCGAUAAAACUGUUAAGUACGCGCAAAUGCUCGAGACCGCUGGGGCACGAUUACUUACCGUGCACGGACGAACUCGGGAACAAAAAGGUCCGUUAACUGGUAUCGCGUCUUGGGAUCACAUCAAAGCCGUCAGACAGGCCGUCACAAUUCCAGUAUUUGCGAAUGGUAACAUACAGUGUCUGCAAGAUAUCGAAAGAUGUAUAGAGGAAACCGGUGUUCAUGGUGUAAUGUCAGCAGAAGGCAACCUUUACAAUCCGUACAUAUUCGAAGCUUGUUAUCCACCUAGUUGGGAGCCAGCGCUUGAAUAUUUAGAUUUGGUGGAACGCUACCCAGCCCCUCCUUCUUACAUUCGUGGUCAUCUUUUUAAAUUGUUCCAACACACACUUUGUUUAGCAGAAAAUAAAGAAGAGAGAGAAAAUUUGGCCCGAAACUCUACCAUGGAAUCCUUCAGAAACGUCGUAUACGCUUUGAGGGAUCGAUAUCUGCCUUAUCACGAAGGUCGUUUAAUUUGGCAGGAAGAAAUGUCCGAUCAUAACUUAAAACUACCUCCCUGGUUGUGCCAACCAUAUAUACGUCAUCUUCCAGAGGAGAAUAUACAAAAGCUAGAAAUUGAAAAGAUCGAAACGCAAAAUGAAACGGUCAAGAGAAAAUUUAGAGACGAAGAAGGAAAUGAGAUAUCACGAAAACGCUUGAAGAAGCUCAAACGAAUAGCGCGCCGCCCCAACAGACCAGCUAUCAUUGUGAAAAGAGGAUCUGAUUUGUGUUGCGAUUGUCCAAAUCCAGUGAGUCACAAAUGUGUUCAUAAAUUAUGCCGACAGUGCUGUAGAAACAAAUGUUUCACAGAAAAUCUGGAUUGUGCCGGACACAGAAAUUUAACUAAAACUAGAAGACAAAUGGCGAUAGAAUUUGCUGCGAAACGGAAAGCUAUUCAAGAUAAAAUAUGACACUGUAUAAUAUUUUAAGUUAUAAAAACAAAAAUUAAAUAAAUAAAUAAAUAUAUA